ACGUCACUGACAGUCCUGAAGCGCAUGAGCGCAGAGCGUAGCGGAAGAAGAAGCUAGCGAGAGCUAUUAACGAAUUCGCUGCCGUAUGAUUUUAAUUGCUUGCUAUAUUUACGGACAAAGGGGAGUUCAACCCUUGUACUUCAUAUACUGCUGCACGAACAACUAAUUACCAGCAUUGCUUCUCCUGUCUCAGAACAUAAUGGUCUUGACAUCUCCAAUCUGGUGAAAGUAAUGCGCAGUGAACUGUUGUCUAACUUCCUGACUGACUGGACAAAUCAAAAUUAUUUUGUGAAAUUUAAGAAGCCACCAACUGGUUCUGCUGCAAAAUAACCUAGUUUUUCAAUAGAAAAAAAUGAAAAUACACGCUAAUGCGGGUUAUUUAAAUCUUUCACUGUUGAUAUUUUUAUUUACCAAAUGAAUAUGUUCUAUAGCUAAAAAAAAACAUGAUUUUAUUAUUUUUGUGAAGAAACUUACAGAUUACUUUCACACAAACGGGUUAAACAUGGAUCAAUUAAAGAUUCAUAUGGAAUUCAAAGAAAAAAUAAACACUGAACAUUUCAAAUAUGUUCAGUGCAGUAAUAACAGAAUGUCAAGCAGAAUUAUUGACACUUUUUGGUACCAGUGAUCUGAAAGAAAAAAGAAAAGCAUGAGUUUUACCAGAUGGAAUUUUAUAACGACAAUAUUUGGAAUUUUUACCUUCUUGUUUGACAUCGGAGCAGAUUUCUGGAUAGCCAUGAAAUAUUUCCAGCAAGAACUUUACCUUUUUGGUUUGCUCACCAUAUUUUUCAUGUUAUUUUCGACAAUUAUAGUUCAAGUUUUUAGUUAUAUGUGGUUUAAAGAUGAUUGUGCCGAGGAGAGAAGUUUGAAAUGGGUUCUAAUUGUUCAUCUUUUUCUUGCUGGAACCAUAUUAAGGUAUUGGUAUGCUGUUUACUAUGGAUAUCAAGCGACAUUAUCUACUGCCAAAAGAAAAAGUGAUGACGGUGUUAACAAAAAAGCAGUAUAUGUUAUGACAGACUUGAGUAUGCUGAGAUGCUUUAAGACCUACCUCGAGAGCACACCGCAGCUUAUUCUUCAGCUUUACAUUCUAAUGGAGCAUGGACAGAUAAGUCUAAUUCAAUAUGCAUCCAUUAUGUUAUCAUUUGGCAGUGUAUCAUGGUCUACCGUUGACUAUCAAAUGUCCUUAAGAAAAUCUCUGCCUGGAAAAAAAGGAAUUAGUGUUGGAUUACCUAUGUUCACUUAUCUAUUUUACAAACUUUUCACGUUGACCUCAUGGAUAUUAAGCCUAGUCUUUCUUCUGGUCUAUAAUGUAUACAUAUUGACUGUGGCUCUUAUAAUUCUGUGCUCAGCAGGCAUUGGUUGGACAUGGAAGCAGCACACAGACUUUUGUACAACAAACCGCUUGGAGAUAUUGUACAGAAUUGUUGUUGGACUCAUUCUUUCAUUUACUUUUUUCAAUGUAAAAGGACAAAGUACACAAAUCCACAUUUCUAUUUAUUAUAGUCUCAGGGCUUUUUUAACAGCUUGUAUUCUUUUUUUGUGCUUUUAUUUUAAACCUCCAUUCACUCAAACUAUUUUGUUUACUAUAUUUAGUAUUGUUGUAGUUCUUUCUUUGGGAUUAGGAAUCAUUUCAUUGAUCCUUUAUUAUGGGUUUUUCCACCCAACACUUAACAGCAAAGAACAGAAUCUACAAGAUGUGGCUGAUGGAUUAAAGUGUGAAGAAAGGCAAAGGAUAAACUAUUUUAUUAUGCCUUAACAAAGAAAAUCUGUAAAUAUUCAUAGUUAAAAUGCAUUAAAUCAUUUGAAUAUUUAAAUCAA